AUGUCCCUCCCCACCCUCCCCCGCGAACUCAUCCUCCAAAUCGCCGAAAACGCCUCCUCCCCAGCCGACAUCCUCGCCCUAGCAAUGACAACCAAGUCAACCCACGCCCUCCUCGCCCCCCGCAUGAUCAAACUGAACAUCAAACUCCACAACGCCAGCGGCCUCACCCACGCCGUCCGCAACGACAACCCGCAAACAGCGACGGCAUUCCUCGACGCCGGCGCAGACAUCAACACGCCCUGCACCAGCCCCCAGCAAGGCCGACAAAUCGAGCGGUCCAUCAAACGGCAGAAGGCGCGCAUCGCAGACCCCGCGCAGAGAAGAAAGGCAGUCCGCGCCGCCAUCGCCGCAUUCCGCGACACGGGCAAACGUGACCCCCUGCUCUACACCGCCGCUAGAAUUGGCUCGGAGCGCAUGGUGCGAUUGCUGCUUGCGCGCGGGGCCGAGCGUGCUGGGUGGUGUUGGGACGGGGAUGAGAAUGCGCUUGGGCGGGCGGCGCGCAAUGGGCAUCAUGCCGUUGUGCUGGUUUUGUGGGGUGCGUGGCUGCGGUUUGGGACGCCGGUGUCUGUGACGCUUUCUUCCCGCUAUUACCGGUUUGUGCUUGAUGCGUACCUUGCUAGGGGAGAGGGGGAGAUAUAG